AGUUCACGGUAACCAGGCAACCAAAAAGAAGCUGUACAACCGUUUUCUAACUGCCGUUUGGAAAAAAAAGGUCUUUUCAAGCCAUUUAUUUGACAAAAAUAAUCUUCACCACUAUGGCCUGUAUUACUGAUAACAACUCCAAGCCGAAGUCCAUGAGCAAAGCCAGAGAAUGGACUGUCGAGGUGGAAAACCUGUUCAGAUUUCAACAAGCAGGUUACAGAGACGAACUGGAGUACAUACAAGUCAAACAGGGAGCUUUGAUUGAGAAGUGGCCAGACAGCGGCUUUGUGAAGAAGCUCCAACGUCGAGAUGACACAUUUUUCUACUACAGCAGGAAGAGAGAAUGUCAGGACCUUGAUGUCCACAAAGUCAGAGUCUAUGCGUACUAAAGUGUUUCUGAACUGUCUCAUCCUCUGAGGAUCCAGCCUUCCCGUCCCAUUUAUCGUUAUGUGAUAACAAGAUGGACUUUCUGUUUUGCUUUGUAGAGACCAGAUGUGUUAUUGUGUUUCUUUUGUAUUAGUGAUUUUAUUGUCUUCCACAGAGUGAAUUUGAUUAUUCCCUUGUAUGGUUUUGGUAAAGGAAUAGUUCACCCAAAAAAUCAUUAAAGUCUGACUCGCUCUGUUUUUAUCUAAA